GACAAUGAUUGUGUGUUCUAUUGUAUUACUGCAGUGGUGGACCUUUUUUAAUUGCAUUCAAAGAAGAAGCUGAGUGUAUAGAUGUAAUUCAUAACAUGUUAUUGUUAAGCUUAAAUCAUCAUGAUUCAGUGCUGACCUUUUAUGAUUGCAUGCAGCCAGUUACAUAAGAAUAAAUAAUGUUGCUGCGUGCUGCACAAAUCUCUAUUGACUAACAUUAAAUCACAGUCAUCACACAGACCACAAAAGGCCAACAAGAAGUCAAAGAAGAACUAAAAAUGGACACCACGCCAUUGGUCAGAGAGGGUUCUGCUGUUGCUAGACCAGUCAAUUCCGUCAAAGCUCGGCUUUUCGAGAUAUCUGGCCUAGCAGCUUCAACCAUAAGUCUGUUGCUUGCCCUUGUUGUCAACGGGCUUUCUGUAACAAACGACUGCACUAAAUUCGGCUUCAAGAACACUACAUCUAAUGUCUCAAAUAUCUUCUACACUCAAGUCACUCCUGCUGGAUGGACUUUUGCUAUUUGGAGCGUCAUUUACGUGUGGCAGCUCGUCUGGCUAGUCUAUGGGUGGACAUUUGCCUUCAGAACAUCAGCCCAGAAGACCAUCAGCCCACUGGUUUAUGUAUUCUACACAAUAACCAACAUUUCCAACAUCGUAUGGAUAUACCUAUGGGGUAACCUGCUACCACAAGUAGCCUUCCCAUUCAUAGCUGCCAUGUUUGUUGCACUCUGGACAUCAGUUGGUAUAGAGACCGUGUACUUAUACAACCUCAAACCUGCUGCUGGUGCAAAGUCAAUGAAAGCCGAUUACUUCCUUGCUCAACUUCUCGUGGUCAAUGGGUUAGUGGUAUACGCCACUUGGCUAUCCGUUGCUUGGCUGAUAAACCUCGAUAUCGUAUUGAGCUAUUUCAGUACCCAGACUGCAACUAGUGCUGGUACCAUUUCUCUCUCAGUCCUUGCAUUUGAAGUACUCAUAUAUUUCCUACUUGAGAACACAGUCCUUGAUCGCUACAUUCGUUACGUCUACAUGGUCUACCCUGUCGUCCUCUGGGCUCUGUCUGGUGUUGCUGCUGCCCACGCCGAUGAUGCAAAUGGAAAAAGAAAUUACAUAUUUACACUGGCUCUUCUUGGAAUAUCUAGUGUUCUCUUCCUCAGUAGGAUUGUGCUCCUUUUUGUGUUUGCUUUCUUUAGGCCACUCACAAAAUCCUUUGCAGUAAAGGCCAUUUAAGAGAAGACUGACUAACUGUUGCUUCCAGUAAAGUAUUGAAUAACUUGUCAUGUUGUUUAUAAUUUUUUGCUAUAGCUAGUUUGUUAUUUUUGCUGGUAAUGUACAUAGUAAUUUAUAACUAUCAUAAGCUGUUUUUUUUAAUUUGAAAUAACUUUUUGAUUAACUUGUCAUAAUU